AUGUUGGAUCCUCUUCCUUUUAUCUCUCGCCGCUCUGUUGUGUACGGAACCCAUGGAAUGGUUGCUAGCUCGCAACCACUUGCAACACAGGCCGGUAUACAAAUUCUUCAAAGUGGUGGAAAUGCAGCUCAUCACUUGUACUUUUCUUACUCACCGUUUCUUGUGGAUACAGAGCCUGCAGCAACAGGUAUCGGAGGAGAUGCGGCUUGUCUGUUCUAUAAUGCCAAGACCCAAAAAGUUGUCGCCUUGAACGGUACUGGAAGAUCCCCGGCCGCGCUGACGCUUGACUAUUUUAAAUCACACUGUAAAGGUUCUUCGAUUCCUGAAACUAGCAUACACGCUGUCACUGUUCCUGGAGCAGCGGCUGCGUGGGUGGAUCUUGUAGACCAUUUUGGAUCUGGAAAACUGGAUAUGAGUGCUAUUUUGCAACCUGCAAUUGGUUUGGCAGAAAACGGGUUUCCUGUAUCCCAUUUUGGUUCCAGACUGUGGAACAAAGCGGCAAAAGGCUUGAAAGAGAAGAACGGAAAUAAAAACGAUUUCUUGUUUGAUGGAGUUCGUGCGCCUUUUGAAGGUGAAAUCAUGCGGCUGCCCGAUCUUGCAAAUACUUUCAAAACCGUAGCCGCUGAAGGAAAAGAUGGAUUCUACAAGGGUCGCAUUGGUGAUUCUAUCGUUCAGGCUAUUAGGUCUCGCGGAGGUCUGAUGACACACGAAGAUCUUGCUUCACACACAUCCGAUGUUAUAGAGCCCAUUUCACUCGAUUACCAUGGCUGGACUGUGUGGGAAAUCCCACCAAACAGCCAAGGCAUUACAGCACUCAUUGCGAUUGGAAUUAUUCGAGCUUUAGAAGAAGAACAUGGAUUAGACCUUUCAAAACUUGGGCAUAACUCAGCGGAAUACUUGCAUGUCGUCAUAGAAGCACUACGCUUGGCAUUUGCUGACACUCGAUGUUGCGUGACCGAUCCACAAGUCUUGUCAGUACCAACUGAAAAGCUAUUAAGCAGAGAGUAUCUUUCUAAACGUGCCAAGUUAGUGGAUAUGAAAAAGCGCAACAGCAAAAUUGUGCAAGGAUACCCAGACCAUAAAAAGGAUACGGUAUACUUCAGCGUUGUCGAUAAGGAGGGCAAUGCUUGCAGUUUUUUGAACUCGAACUUUGAUCACUUUGGCUCUCACAUUAUUCCUGAUCGUUGCGGGUUCACUUUGCACAAUCGGGGUUGCAACUUUAUGGUUGACAAAAACCACCCCAACUGCAUUGGACCCAAAAAGCGUCCGUACCAUACAAUCAUACCAUCCAUGAUUACACGCAAGACACCCUCUGGUGGUCAUGAGCUCGAAGCUUGUUUUGGCGUGGUUGGUGGCUAUAUGCAGCCUCAAGGACAUGUUCAAAUUAUCAUGAAUAUGUUGCACUUCCUUACAAAUCCUCAACACCUCGUUGAUCUCCCCAGAAUUUGUAUCGCUCCUCCGGAAGAUGACGGAGCACCAAGUGAAACCAACGUAUUUACAAAUAUGAACGACUCUGCAGUAUAUGUCGAGGAUGGCAUUUCACCAAAAGCAAUCGAGCAGCUAGAAGCUAUGGGUCACACCUGCUAUGUUGUCAACGGAUAUCGUCGUACAAUGUUUGGCCGCUGUCAGAUAAUCCGAGCAAAAAAAGAUACUCGUACUGGUCAAGUAGUUUUGGCUGGUGGCAGCGAUCCUCGUGGUGAUGGCCAAACUGUAGGCUUGUCCAGUUUUGGGGUAGCAAAACUUUAA